AUGAGGAAGCUCCACCCAGACAGGGCUGGCUGCUCUCACGCCGUGGAGGCAGCGGUGGAGAGCGUGCGGCAGGCGAAGGAGCUGUGCGAGCGGGGCCUCUCUCGGGAGGCGCCGCCCGGGAAGCCGUCGCAGCUGCGGGCCCACGUCAUCGGCACCCAGCCCGGCAAGCGGAAGCUUCGGCUCAAUUGGUCGGCGCCGAAGAGCUGCUCGGGCGGGGCGGUCCGGAAGUACGUAGUGGCUGUGCACGACCCGUCGUACGGCAGGGCAUUGUCCGUCGCCGUGCUGGAGCCGGAUUACAGCCAGGAGUUGAAGCGGUAUGUCUCGAUGGAGGAGCUCAACUUCUACGUUUUCGCCGAGGAGGACCUGCAGAAGAUGCCCAAGGUUUGGCAGCAGGCCUCUGCGCAGGUUCAGGUGGCCGCGGCGAACGACGCGGGUCAGUCGGAAUGGGAGGUGCUGCACAUCCCCCUAAAGGGGCUUGUGCCCGGUGCGACGAUUCAAGCGGACACCAGGCCACCACGCCAGGCUGAUGCCGGGGGGCCAAGCGAUAGCCGCGGACUUUCUGAUCCGUGCAUCUUCGCGCUCCAUGUUCGCAGGCAUCGGGGAGAGAAGCUCCACAAGUGGCUCGGGGAGCAGACGAAGGCAGCGCUGUCGGCUUGGCUGCGGUCCGUGAGCCUCCCUUCCGGCGGCACGAAAGACGAGAUGGUAGUCAGGGCCUUCCGCGCCAUCGAGAAGACCACUACGCGUUGA